AUGAUUUCAUCCUCCACUGCUACUCGAUCGUUUCAAGAUCGUGCAGUCGAUUUUUCAAAAGACGAGGAUGAUCAUCAACCAUCAACAACGGAAGAAAAAUAUACUCCAUUCAUUAUUGAUAACAAACGUAUGACAUCGGUUCCUGAUGAAAUUUUGAUCGAAAUAUUUCAAUAUUCGGGAUCAAGUCCUUUCCAAAUUGUACGAAUUUCUCAGGUCUGUAAGAGUUGGGAAGAAAUUGUGAAUACGCAAUACAGAGUAUGGCAAUUUGUACCGCUCACCAUUUCGGAAAAGAUAAUUCCUAAUGGUAGAUCCGAAGAGAUUGGACAUCUUUUAUUGAAAUAUUUUGAUCGAUUCAGUCCUGUCUAUGUCCACAACAGAAAAUAUGCUCAUAUUUACAAGGAAUUUGACUUACAAUAUGAAAAGUUUAUCAAACAGAAGGUGUUUUUCAAUCAGAUCAAAGAGAGCGAGGCCACAUCCAUGUUAAAAGUCUACAAGAAACCAAUCAUUGUCUGCAAGAACCAAUUUAUUGAAUUUGUAAAACAUGUGAGAAGCGAAAAAGCAAGCGCCAAGCGUCUUAGAAGCGUUCGAGAAUGUUUUGAUGGAUUGGCUCCAAGAUUUGAGCACUAUUCUCUGUAUUCAUUGUUAAUGAUGGCAGGAAUUAUCACUGUUGAUGCCAACAUUUCUAUUGGAUUGUUUGGACGCACACCACCUGAACGAAGGACACUUGAUACAGGAUUGUGGUGGUUACCAUAUUCCAUGGUACCCAUGCACGUAUUGGCUGGAAUGACAUUUUCAAUGAUUAGCGCCUUAUUUGUGAAUGAAUUGUUCAAAUUUAAGAGUCGCUCAGAAACUGGAGUCAUACUCAUAUUCUAUGCCAUUUGGGGCUUACUCGUUUGGGUUUUUACAGGAUUCAAAUAUCACAUGUAUAAUCUGGCUGGAUACCAACUGACGGAUUCGCAAUCAAAAUUCUUCUCCACUACUACAGGUGUUCAUAUGCUUCCCUUCUAUGCCAUAUUUGCUUUCAUGACCAUUUUGUGUUACGCUGAUUUGUUUCAUGGCAAAAUUUCACUCAAGAAAACAUUUCCCUUCAUUUCCAAGACAUUUAAUUGGCGUGAUUUAGACAUUCACAAAAUUGUACUCAUGAUUUGUUCGGUUUUGAGUAUCAUUUCAUUGAUAGGAUUUUCAAGUGGAAAUCGUUUGGGACCUUUCUGGAAUUUGCUUCCAAUGAUUGUUUCUGGAAUUGGAGGUACACUUUUUGUUACUGCAGAUAUUGCAAAGAAUAGCUUUUUCGAUAUGGAAGGUUUAUUAGCUGGUAUGUUACCUGGUGCUGGAGCUAUUGGAGUUGCCUUUUUGUCAUUGGAAAAGUAUUCAUUCUACUCAUUGGCUCCUGUCACUCUUUCCGUGGGCUCCAUUAUUGGAUAUCAAAUUUAUAAGCAUGGAAAGAGAUUGUUGACUUAUAAUUGA